UGAAGAUUUUCAUUGAUUUUAUAUGAUUUAGUAUAUGAAGAAGUGUCACUCAUACUUUCAUCACAUUUCUCUCUACACACAGUUGAAACAAUUGCAAAUGAAUUGAGCACACAGUUGAAUCAGUUCACUCGGAACAUCAAAUUGAAUUCAAACGUUAAGCGAAAAGUCGAAGAUUUGGUGGAAAAAUUCGAACGGAGUCUUGUCGAAGCCUUGCAGCGUUUACGAAAUGGAUUUGAUUAUUUGAUACUAAUACAACUACUGUUGCCGAUCGGAACGAUGUGUCUACACCAACAUCAACCGGUGAUACAGUCGCAUCAGGUACACGUCUAAAACAAUCACAAUCGAAUACUAGCAAUGCACGACAAAAAACAAUACCGGCCAAACGAAAGAAGCGAGCAAACACAAUUGCAAAUGCACCGGCAACAAAGAAGCGAACAACUCGUGCCACCAGUAUGCCGAAUACAUUGAAUAAUGAUAAUGUCAGCGAUGAUUUCAAUGAUGGUGACGAUGGCGACAAUGGUGAUGAGGAUUCAGAAAGAUACCAAUCGAUCAAAAUGGGCAAACGUAAGUCGUUCAAUGAAAAUCUAGAGAAUAAGGAUGAAUUGGCUAGCAUUAUCAAUAAAAUUGUCACGGACAUGAGUCACACUUGGCGACUUGGCGCACUCAACGUACACUGUAGCCUCAUGCGAAUCAUACAAUCGAACAAUGAAGAUGCCAUUCGUACCGAAUUUUGGAACAGUACGUGUGAAUACAAUCGAAAUUAUUUUGAUGGUUAUUUUCGUGGUGUGUAUGGUAAUCGUAUCAAUGGCAAGACAAAAUUGCAAAAAACAUGGAAAUUGGAUCAGGCUAUAAUCAAGUUCUGUCGGAAGCACAAAGUCAUUGAGAAAAAUGCAAUUGGUUAUGGUAACAUUUUCACCUAUGUCACUCGGCAAUAUUUCACCAAUUUCAUGAUGUGUAUCAUACGUAGUCUGUAUAAUAAUGUUCGGCCGUAUUUGAAUCAUUGUGUGAUUUCCGAAGAAUUGGCAAACCAUCCGAAAUCAAAUGAGCCGGUUGCGAGCACAUCACGAGCCAAAACACCACCACCGCCACAAAAAUGUCAAACAUUGAAACAGAUACGCAAAGCGAAUUACCAAUUGAUCACCAAUACAAUGCGCUAUUUGUUCAGCGACGAGGCAGAGAAUGAAAAAGCCAAAACGAAAACGUGAUCCAAUUCUAUUGACACUAGCUAUCGAACGUCUUCUGAAGCGUAUUCAAACCGAUUUUAAUCCGAUGGAUUUCGAAGCGAAUCGACGCGGUUAUUUCUCCAAAUUGACAACAAAUUGGUAUCGUCAUGUGCCAUUUUUCAUACAACUUCAGCAAUAUUGUCGUGCAAGAAAUCGUGAACGCUGUCUCAUGAUCAAUAAACAAAUGGAUGAAGAUGAAAAGAACCAACCGGCUGAAGUUGCCGCAGCAAAGGCCAAACUUCAGGCUGAAGCAGCAGGUAAAAUUCAUAAAACCACCACUCACACUAAAUCGAAAUCGAAAUCAAUCUGUCGUCCAAUUGCCGAAUAUGUGCCACGAAAACGAUUGCCAGGUGUCAAAUAUACAUGGGUUCGAUGUGCGCCAAAUUUGACCGUGUAUCAAGUCAUUCCGGAGGCACGUUUUGGUCAUAUCUACAUCCAAAUCGAUAAGCGUGGCCUCUACGAAAUCCUUAAGCGGUUGAAAAAUCCAAAGGAACAGGAAAUGAAAAAGAACAAUGGCAGUAAUAAACGAUGGGAACAACCGUUCAAUGGCAACAAAGAACUGUGGGAUCGCAUGUGGCGUAAAUAUUUUGGCAUCAGUAAAAUCGAACGCCAUUCGGCCGGCUUAACAUUCGUCAAUCGAAUACAAACCGAUGGCAAUGCAUUCGUUUUUCUGAUGAACAAAGAGAAGAAGACGAAGAAGAAAAACGAUGCAACUGAUGCUGAAACCAAAGAACGGCUACGAAAUAUAUUACGCCACUGCGAUCGCAAAGUAAGCUUUGAUGUUGGCGAUCGUGAGAUCAUUGCCGGCCAAAUUAUCGAUCGAGAGAAAGAUGAUACGGGCGCUGUGAAAGUGAAAAGCGUACGCAAUUUCAAAAUAUCCAGCAAGCAAUAUCAUUGGAUGACGAAAUUGCCACAGUUCAAGAAACAACGAGAUCGACUGGUUGGUACGCUUGAAGACGACAGAGCCGACGAUCGUGAGCGGAUCGAACGGGAGUGUGAGGACCAUGUACAGCCGAGCAGCAGGACGAACGAUUUUGAAACGUACGCCGACCAUACGUUAAGAUUUUGGAAAAUGGUUCGUAGAAUGGCCGAAAGACAACGAUAACUCGAUUCAAAGUGCGUCGCCAGUGUAAACCAUCGCCAGAAGCACUGCCCGAUGGCGGUUCAUUCAUUUACAGUCACGAGAAUUCAAAACAAUUGAAGAAGCAGAAAAAAUAUCGACUACGGUAUUCGGACGAAGAUGGCUGCCAUCCAAAAGUCGAACUGAAACGCUUCAAUAUGGUCGAUGGAAGGCUUGUGCCGGCUGCUGAAAAUGCUGCGAUAUUACCAGUGAAGAGGCCACGAACACAUUUGCGACGUCGGCGUCUAGAUGUCAUCACAUGGAAAUACAUACGAAAUGAUGAUGAUAUUGUUGAUACGACAAAAGUCCGUUCGGUCACAUUAAAUCGAGACACUAAUGCCGGUCGAAAUAUUCGUCUUCGCGAUGCAUUCACAGUCGAUGCCAAGAUACAAGAUCAGCAUGCAGAGCGACGCUUCAAACAAUUUGAUGAAAACAAGCGUAAAAAGCAUCAAAAGUAUCAAACAUCAAAAAAUUCCAAUGAAGCUGAAUACGAUUCGGAUCAGUCAUGGUGGUCGUCAAGCAGCGAAGAAGAUGCAAUCGAUUUGAGCGACAGUGAAUUGUCUGACAACAGUGAUGAUAGUAAUGAUAGCGGUAGCGGUAGCGACGACGAAAACUGAUAAUACGAGCAUCGUUUACACACUACACAUCGCUCAUUCAACAAAUCAACCAUCAAUCAAUCAAACAAAUAAAUGAAAAAUUAAAUUUGGUUCAAUUUAAGGAACAAUGUUAAUAGUUCUUAUCAUGAAGUCUGGCUAUAUUUAGCGUGGACUUUCGUAUUAUCUAACCAAUAUGACAGAAUCAGCGCGAAAAAAUAUGAACUUUUAGCCUUUUCCAAAAAAUUUUCAAUACUUAUUUCGACAACAAUACAAAGAAAACUAUUGAUUCCAAUCAAGACAAAAGCAAUCCGCCUAGUUCAUCAUAGUAACCGACAUGUUAAACUUAACAUAACAGAAAACGUUUUGUACUCGUGUAAAAUAUUCACCAUACUAUAGUAAUAUAUAUUAUUUUCGCACAUAUUCUUUUUAAACAAUUAGUGAACCGGAGAAAACGUUCCUGAAAGCGUUUUUUUUAAAAUAAUUUUUGUGCAAAUAUAAGAAUAAA